AUUUUUACAAAUGUAAUGUGGGUGAACUUGCCAUUCUUAUUUCACUUUGUCUAGUUGAAUGAAGCCAUGUAUUGUGCAAUGGCCCCAUGAAGCACAUGUACGCAGACACGAGCUAUAAGAAUACCGGGACAUCACAUUUAAAAUGGGUUUGCAUUGGAUUCCGUCACUAACAAAGAGCAAAACUAACGUUACUUGUCCACUGUGGAAGAGUAGCUAGAUAAAUAAGUUAGCUAGCUUCUAGUUCCUGCAAUAUAGCUAGCAAGAAGCUUCUCUAAGGCAAGAUGAGUGGUAAUUCUGGUAAAAAUCCUGUGCCCGUCGACACCAAUGGCAUUACUCCAUUUCAACAGAUGUUGGCUUCCUGCUCAGGGGCUCUCCUGACGUCAUUGUUUGUCACACCUCUGGAUGUUGUCAAGAUCAGACUCCAGGCUCAGAAAAGUCCCUUUCCCAAAGGGAAAUGCUUUGUGUACUGCAAUGGCCUGAUGGACCAUACCUGUGUGUGUACGAACGGCAACUCCAAGGCCUGGUACAAGGCCCCUGGCCACUUCAACGGCACUCUGGAUGCCUUUAUUAAGAUAGUCCGCAGGGAAGGUAUCAAGUCGUUAUGGAGCGGCCUCCCUCCAACCCUUAUCAUGGCGGUCCCGGCGACAGUGAUCUACUUCACGUGUUACGACCAACUGCGUGCUGCCCUGAGGGUCAGGAUGGGGUCACACGCUGAGGAGGCACCUCUACUAGCAGGCGCCCUCGCCAGAGUGGGCUCUGUGACAGUGAUCAGUCCGUUGGAGCUGAUCCGUACUAAGAUGCAAUCCCAGAGAAGUUCGUACAGGGAGCUGAGUGAGGUUAUCCACUCUGCAGUACGCAACGAGGGCUGGCGGUCUCUCUGGAGGGGCUGGGGACCCACACUGCUUAGAGACGUGCCCUUCUCAGCCAUGUACUGGUAUAACUAUGAGAAGGGGAAGGCGUGGCUGUGUAAGCACAACAACAUCAGAGAGCCAACGUUUGCCGUCACCUUCAUAUCCGGAGCGGUGUCUGGAUCAAUUGCUUCCAUAGUAACUCUUCCCUUCGACGUCGUGAAGACCAGGAGGCAGGUGGAGAUAGGGGAACUCCAGGCUAUGAAUUUGUCGUCCAAGGCCACCUCUACUCUCAGUGUGAUGACCAAGAUUGUGGCUGAGAACGGCGUGGGUGGACUGUUUGUAGGUUUCCUUCCCAGGGUGAUCAAGGUGGCCCCAGCCUGUGCCAUUAUGAUCAGCUGUUAUGAGUUUGGGAAAGCCUUCUUCCGCAAGCACAACCAGGAGAGGCUGCUGACUAGCACCACCUGACCUGACUAGGGCCUCUCACACACACAAACCACCACCAUAGACAAUACCAAGAACACAAUCAGCCAUCGCCAACAGUAGGUAUUGGCUACCUCUACCUUUCCCUGGGUCCUUAGAGAUUUUCAGGUGUAACUUCGCAUGCCUGUGUCCUCCCAGCUGCUUAGACACUCGAACACACUGUUAUAAAGUGUUCAAGUGUGAUCUGUCAUGUGACUAGCUGGAAGUAGCUAAUGUUAGCGUUUAGGACCCAAGAACGCCAGGACUUGAUUCUGUUCCAAAGCAGGAAAUAUUGGCAGACAUGAAAACAAUAUUGAAGACAAAUAUUUGUAGGUAAUCAAUAUUAUUCAUAUUUUAUCUUAUAUUUCUCAAUCAAGGUAUACUGCACUUAAUCACCAUACUAAUUGUGACAAGAGAAAAUAGUAAAAAGUGCACAGAUUGUAUUUGAAAUAUAUAUAUUUUUUUGCCAAAUCAUGAAGGUAUUAUCAUUUUCAUAACUACUUAAAAAUAAUUUGCAUAAUCUUUUUCCUGUGCACCCAUGGUGAAGCAUCAUGUUAUGAAGUGCAUUUAAUUACACUGGCCUGUAGGUGGUAUCAGAGACUUGUCUGUUACCAGAAACUGGGGGGGGUCAUAUUGGACAAGUGUUUUAUCCCAUUACGUUAGUUAUUGAGGUAUGGGGGUUGUGUGCACUGUGCCAUCCGGGGUCUGACAGUAAUAAUCAUCAUUUGAUGGAUGCUUAUAUUUGUCCUGUUUCACACAUGUACACGUGUGUAUCAUACCCAUGUCUGAAAUGGGUAAAUGUGUGUUUUGCAUAUCCCGACACCCUCAGAGUGGAGUCAGGGACAGUAGAGAUGAGGGUCAAAGCUGUGAAUGAGGCAGGAUAACUUCUGGUUAGUAGUCUCUGUCCCGCAGAACCCCCGCUCAUUCCCUGCCGCUUUCUCUCUCAAUUCAUGACCCCAACUCUAUCACCUCAUUCUCAACCCUAUUGGAAGAGAAGGCCCAAGGUCCUUCAGGAUACAUGUUCUGUUCAGUGCCAGACUGACAGUUUAAACCUGAAAUUCAACUCUUAACUUGCACCUCUUCCAGAAUCCCAUAUUCAAUCCCCAGUCAGCCAGACAUGGACUGUGAACUGUGACAACCUGUACAUGUUCUCAAAACAUGUAGCAAUGAUAUAUAUUUCUAUUGUUUAAUAUAUUCUACAAUGAUCACCUGUAGUGACACGUUUUCCAACUUUAUACAGAAAUACAUAGAGAAUAAAAGUCACAUUAUGACAUUUGAAUUGUUGAAUCAAUUGUUUUUAUUAGAUCAGCAAAUAUUUGUGAUUUGGUUCAAUCCAGUAGUUUCUGUUGUUAACAUGUAAUAAUUCAUAUGAUAAUACAAUUCAUAAUUGAAUCCUGUUGAACAAAUCUAAAUCACGGAGGUUGUGGUGGCUUCCGUGGCAUCAGCGUACCACAACAACUGAUCAAGUUAAAAGGAAGAAGGGCUAAAAUGGGGAGGUAUAAUGUGCUGUUCCACUGUUACAGAGGCUUUCCCUGGUAAGAUCCUAGCAGAGUAGAGAUUACUGCCAAUGUUGAUGUAUGGAAACACUCUCUCUGUAAAAGUGUGUGUGAACGUGUGUAUGUGUGUGUUAUUAUCAAGGUCAUAAAAGGACAGUGUAUCUCUGUUCCAGUCCAGCUGCACUCUGAUCCGAUGGGGUUUAUUUUCCAGUGUCAGGACAGUCUGUGGCCCUUUUGGACACCGUGCCCAGUAUUUAUCAUUAUAAUAGCCUACACGCCAGAGUCCAGUCUGUACCACUCCCUUCCUCUGGACAGACUUAUAGACUACACCUACAAACCAUACUGUAUUGUCCCCGACGUCUGUAUCCCAACUGUGUGUCCCAGAAUCAAAGCCCUCAGAGCCCAGGACCAUUCGAUAGUUAUCAAACCUCUCUGGGUUGUCAGGAAGCAGCUGUAUCCCAUCACUGAAUCUCAUACUGGUCAGAUCGUCAGACAGGAUGAGACAUGGAUGGGCAGUGUUGGGGUCCAGAAUCACAGGCGCUGAACAGAGAAAAACAGAGAUCCACUGUUUGUUUUAAUUUACUGGGACAUUAUUGCCAGAUGAUCAGUGAUAUUUUUUAAUCUGAAAUUGUCUGAAUGCAAUUUUAAAAUAUUUGUGAAGAUAUGAACAUUGGUAAGAAUAAAAUCAGACUCACUGUA